GCUUGUGUUUUUCCCAUGUUGGAUCAUCUCACUGACACCCAAACUAACAUGUACGAAUGAAGGCUUCCGAUGAGAAGUUUGAACAACCCAUUCAACUUCUAGAUGCAUUUUAUGAGUCUAAGUAGUGAAACAAGAGUGUUAGUUCCACUCAGCAGAGUAACAAGUUUAGGCAAAGCGCCUAACUCUUCAAACAUUUCAAAGGUGUAUUGGUAGCUACAGCUUUUCUGUUUCUUCCACUUACAAUAUGCUGUUAUAGUGAUUAUUUCUUAAUGCCUCAUAAAGGUGAGAAAAACUUCCAAAUGCAAUUUGGCUGCACUUAAAGGCUCAGCAUUCAAGGAACAUAGUUUGUUUUUACUUAUCUUUAAAAAUAUUUUCAGAUAUUUUUAUCCCUUUUACACUUUUGGUAUUGAUGGAACUUGGUUCCUUCUUUCCAUGAAUUGGAGGUAAGGCACCUAGCUAAUUGUCUGUCCUUCAGAGCCUACAUGGUAAUGGAUUUUUUUCUUGGACAGAUUCUGCUUCUGAUUUAUUGUGAAAUUAGGUUCGAUUAGGGCUGUAGGAAAAACUUUGGUUAACAAAAUUUUGUCAGAGGUUCUCCAUUCUGCCAAAUUCAGAACAGCCUUUGGUUAUAUGAUACAGAAAAAUAAACCUAGCACAUCCCUGAGUAUUUUUUUCCUUUCAUUUCCAUGACCAUUUGCUCUUUUGUGUGCUUGGCAACUGAAAUUUGUGUGUAUUCCUUUUGUAAUAAAGUACUUUCAGUAGUAUGGAAGACAGGCUUACAAGCUAUGUCUCUGGAAAGAAAAGAAGGGAAAAGAUACUGUGUGGUAUACUACUUCAGGUUACAUGUUGACUAGUGCUUUGAAAUACAGUUGUCCUGUGCUCACUGGGAAAGAUUUUUGCUGAACAGUAUGCAACAAUAAAAAAAAUUCAAGAGCUAAAAAUACAGGAUUACUACAUGCUUUGACCUGUGGUCAGGGACUUGGCAGGAAUAGCUUUGUAUUGUUUGUUUAAGGUUUGUUUGAAGAGAGCAAUUAUAGGAUGAUCAUUAAAAAUAUUGAUAUACUAUUUUUCAGGAGCAGAGGAUUAAAAACACACCUUGAAGAAAGAGGAGAAUAUAUAAAAAACUGGCGGCCAAGAUAUUUCCUGCUAAAGACAGAUGGCUCUUUCAUAGGCUAUAAGGAGAAGCCCCAGGAUGUGGAUCUGCCAUAUCCACUCAACAACUUUUCAGUGGCAAAAUGUCAGCUAAUGAAAACAGAGCGACCAAAGCCAAACACGUUUAUUAUCAGAUGUCUUCAGUGGACCACUGUCAUAGAGAGGACGUUCCAUGUAGACACGCCAGAGGAACGGGAAGAAUGGACAGAAGCAAUCCAGGCUGUAGCAGACAGACUUCAGAGGCAAGAAGAGGAGAGGAUGAACUGUAGUCCAACUUCACAGAUAGACAAUAUAGGAGAAGAAGAGAUGGAUGCUUCAACAACCCAUCAUAAAAGAAAGACAAUGAAUGAUUUUGACUAUUUAAAACUACUGGGGAAAGGCACAUUUGGCAAAGUUAUCCUUGUCCGAGAGAAGGCUAGUGGGAAAUACUAUGCUAUGAAGAUUUUGAAAAAAGAAGUCAUUAUUGCAAAGGAUGAAGUAGCUCAUACGCUUACAGAAAGCAGAGUGUUGAAAAAUACGAGACACCCUUUUUUAACUUCCUUGAAAUAUUCCUUCCAGACAAAGGAUCGUUUGUGUUUUGUGAUGGAGUAUGUUAAUGGAGGAGAACUGUUUUUCCAUUUGUCGAGAGAGCGGGUGUUCUCAGAGGACCGCACACGCUUCUAUGGUGCAGAAAUUGUCUCUGCCCUGGACUAUCUGCAUUCUGGGAAGAUUGUGUACCGUGAUCUCAAGUUAGAAAAUCUAAUGUUGGAUAAAGAUGGACACAUAAAAAUUACAGAUUUUGGACUUUGCAAAGAAGGAAUCACAGACGCAGCAACUAUGAAAACAUUCUGUGGUACUCCAGAAUACCUGGCACCCGAGGUGUUGGAAGAUAAUGACUAUGGUCGUGCAGUGGACUGGUGGGGAUUAGGAGUUGUCAUGUAUGAGAUGAUGUGUGGAAGACUACCAUUCUACAACCAAGAUCAUGAGAAACUAUUUGAACUGAUACUAAUGGAGGACAUAAAAUUUCCUCGAACUCUGUCUGCAGAUGCAAAAUCAUUACUAUCAGGCCUACUGAUAAAGGAUCCAAAUAAGCGACUUGGUGGAGGCCCAGAUGAUGCAAAAGAAAUCAUGCGUCAUAGUUUCUUUGCUGGAGUAAACUGGCAAGAUGUGUAUGAUAAGAAGCUUGUACCUCCUUUUAAACCUCAAGUGACAUCGGAGACAGACACCAGGUAUUUUGAUGAAGAAUUUACAGCUCAGACUAUUACAAUAACACCGCCUGAAAAAUAUGACGAGGAUGGUAUGGACUGCAUGGACAAUGAGAGGCGGCCGCAUUUCCCCCAGUUUUCCUACUCUGCAAGUGGACGAGAAUAACUUUUUUGUUCUGCUGCUUCACUGUCAUCUUAGGUUUAUCACUGAAAAUGGUUCCUGAACAUCACCACCAGUACUAGAGACUAUUUAAGAUAGCAGGGGCACUUUCAGAGACCAUUCCAAAUUGAACAAGUUGCUUUCCCAAACCUACCUAAAAUCCAUUUUGGUUUGCAUGAAAUAGGAGAAUUUCUCUACUACGCUCUCCCGCUGUUGCUGCUGCCCACAGUCUCAGUAUAAUAGCAACGUCAAGAAGUUACUAACAGUUUCUCUGAAAGUAGAUGACUUGGCUUCAGCAAUGUACACCUUGUGCACAAGUAGUCAUCUAUUUCUCCUCACAGUGGAAGCUAAACAAAAAACAUGUUGGUCCAGCUUAUCUUCUUCGAGAAGAUGUAUAAAAAAUGUAAUAGUCUAAAGAGACUAGUCUAUAACCUUUCCUUGCAUCUGUUUGUGCUGGUUAGAACAAGGCAACAUAGGGGUGGUGAUGUACAUAUGCAAGGUUUUUGUUAGGCAUAUCAUUACUUGAAGCAGGUCUCUGUCAUUAACAUCUGGCUGGAAUUUGUUUGGGGAAUGUUUGCGAGAAGGACUUAAACUGUUGAUAUAUAUAAAUAUAUAUAUAUAUAUUAUUUUUUAAUUACUGUUGGAUACUACAGAAGAAGCAGAAGGGCUGGGCUCACCCGGCCUGCCACUUAGAACUUCCAGGUUCAUGUGCAAUCAUGGAGAAUCAAACAUUAUACAUGCAAGAAAUGAAGGCAUAAAAGCAGCAGUUUAAGGGGUCUUAUAAUUUGCACCAGAUAACAUCUUUCUCAUGCUUUUCUUUUUCUUUCGUGAUAUA